AUGGCUGCAAUACUUGGUGGAGGGGGUGACGAGGGAAUGGGGCAGCUUGGUCAAUUUCCUCUCGAACAGUGGUUCUUUGAAAUGCCACCUUGUACCCGAUACUGGACGACUGCGACCGUCAUAACAUCGGUGUUGCUGCAGUGCAAAGUUAUCACUCCAUUCCAACUCUUCUAUUCGUGGCGAGCAGUGUACUACAAGUCCCAGUAUUGGCGAUUGAUAACCACAUUUAUAUACUUCGGCCCACCAUCAUUGGACCUUGCAUUCCAUGUCUUCUUUCUCCAGAGGUACUCUCGGCUUCUUGAACAAGGCUCUGGUCCGUCACCUGCCGUCUUCUCCUGGCUGCUGCUCUAUGCAUGCACGUCGCUGCUGGUUUUGAGUUCUCUGACGACCUCCAUCCCGUUCCUUGGGUCAGCGCUAUCAAGUACUUUGGUUUACAUCUGGUCAAGGAGGAAUCCGGACACUAGGCUCAGCUUCCUUGGGGUUCUUGUCUUCACCGCCCCAUAUCUUCCAUGGGUUUUGAUGGCUUUCCACAUGUUCAUGCACGGCACCGUGCCAAAGGACGAAAUCCUAGGUGUGAUUGUUGGCCAUGUCUACUACUUUUUGGCCGAUGUCUGGCCAGGGCUGCAUGAGGGCUCACGGCCGAUGGAUCCACCUGACUUUUGGGUACGCCUUUGGGAAGGUCGACGAGCAGAGACCGGUGUUCGGAAUAUUGAUGGCGACGUCGCAGCGGCAGCGGCUCGACCAGGCGAAGUUCGAUGA